AUGGAGCAGCAGCCUGAUCUUCCAGCGACCAGAGAGAUCGACCCAGCAGCGACGACGACGACGACGACGACGAUGGCGAUCUCAUCACCGCCACUUCCACCACCAUCGCUAGCAGCGCCGGGAAGAAGCCCAUCACUGGCAGCCACCACCAAGGUGAGCAACUGCAAGGAGAACGAUGAGCCGAGUGUUAGAAAGGACAGGGAGGAGUGGAGCGAGGCGGCCAUAUCGACGCUCAUAGAUGCUUACACUGCCAAGUAUGGCCAAUUGAACGGCAAGGGGCUGCGGAGCAAGGACUGGGCCGAGGUCGUGGACACAGUCAACAGCAACCAAAAGUCGGCUAAGACGGUGGAGCAUUGCCGGAACAAAAUGGACACGCUUACCAAGCGCUACAAGUCGGAGAAGAAGAACAAGCUGUCCGGAGCCGAGAGCUCCUGGCCGUGGAUGGAUUCAUCCACUGCUCACCCAAACUUUCACAUCCCGGCAGCCAUUCCUGCUUGGCAUAACUCUCCAGGAGCGGCACCACCACCACCACCACCAGCGGUAACAUUUCCUCAAGUAGCGGCGGCGGCGGCAGCGGCAGCGGCAGCAGCUGCUAGAGAACAGCAAGCCACUGGUAACAGCUUGGACGGAGGAAUAAGCACUGACCACCUCUCGAGAAGUAUUCUGGAGCUAGCAGGAAGCAUGAGGAGCUCGGCGGGGAACUUAGCCAGCAGCAUAAACGGGUUUACGGAAGUGUACGCCAGAAUCGAGAUUGCCAAGAUGGAAAUGCUGAAGGAGCUGGAGCUGAAACGGAUGCAAGUACAGCUUGAGACUGCCGAGAUUCUUAGCCGCAAGAGGAAGCGGGACAGUUCUUCCGAUCCUGAGUAA